AUAGAUGUCUCUAGUUAAAAAAUGAUGACGUUUCGAAGGCGUCUUUUGUGAUGAAGCAGAAAUCUUAUGUGAAUAAAAUUCUUUUCGACAAGAUUUAGAAAAUAAAAUAUUUAUUAAUGUAAUGAUGUUUUGAAGUAUAUUUAAGGCAGAAUGCAAGCAGUAUCAUCCGAAAUGAUUUUGUCCGAUGGAGUUCUUGGUUUCGAUACAUCUACUUUCAUUCCCGUGGAAUUAGGUGAAUCUAUCCAAUUUGCCCCCAGUACUAAAAUAGAUGCCAAAAUGAUUCCAAUGAAUAAUUCAAAAGUGAUAACAACGAGUAGAGCCCAUACAAUACCUGUUAUGGAAUUAGGAAAACGGUUACUACAAUGUUCCAGAGAUGGGAAUACCGAAGCUGUACGUGAAUUAAUGGGGAAAGGUGCACCCUUCAGUACUGAUUGGUUAGGGACAUCGUCGUUACAUUUUGCAGCCCAAGGCAAUCAUGUGAAAACAUGUGAAGUAUUACUUCGUGCAGGUAUUAGUAAAGAUGCUCGUACUAAAGUCGAAAGGACGCCUUUACAUAUGGCGGCGUAUGAAGGACAUUCAGAAGUUGUAGAAUUGUUAUUGAAACAUGGUGCUGAAGUAAAUGCAAAAGAUAUGUUAAAAAUGACUCCAUUACAUUGGGCGGUACAAAAUGAACACGAAUAUUGUAUAAAAUUAUUAAUCAAUUAUGGUGCAGCGGUUGAUGUUGUAAGUAAAUUUGAUAAAACACCUUUAUCGAUGGCAAUUGAACAAGAUCGUAUGGAUUUAGCACAAUUACUUCAAUUAGCAAUGAAAGUGAUGACGGAACGUGCUCAAAAUAUGGAAUUACAACGAGCAACUUUAGCAGCCACACAGAGUUUAACAGAGGAAUUAAAUGUUUCAGAAUCAUCCUCGCAAGAUAAUAAUAAAGAAAUUACAGAAAAUAAUUCGGGAAAAGAAUCGUCGUCGGAUGAACCGAUUGACGUGGAUACUGAUAGUCAUAUGAACAAUGCCUAUAAAAUAUUAGAAAAUCAUGGUUUAACUACGGUACCCAGUGAACAUCCUUCAUUGACGUUAGCCAAUGGAAGUCAAUUAAUAUUAUCAGAUGGUGGGCGACUAACAUUAAACGUACCAAAAACAGCAGAAUCACCAGAUUCAACUCCACAAACUAUAUCAGAGAAAACAGCAGCCGCAUUAAAAUUAAAAGGACGUAAAGUGAUAACAUUACGUAGUGAUCAAUUUCUAGCAUUAACCGGUGGUAAAUAUCCAUCGAACAUGUUUAAAAAACUAUUAAAUAAUAAUAUAACAGCAUCAACAACAACACAUGCGCAUCACAACAAUACACAGCAGCAGCAGCAUCAUCAACUACUACAGCAACAUAAUAUAAAUGAUGUGACAAUAAAACCAUUAAAACGUAUUGUUAUGACAAAAAAUAAAAUUACAGUGUCACCAAAAGCCAUACAAUUGGCACAAGUGAAAUUAAAUGCAAUGGCAAAAAUUGAAACAAUUACAAAACAAUUGAAUGAGGCACGCCGAAUAGCAGCCGAAUAUAAACAAAAGUAUAAACAGAAAGAAAAAGAGAUUGAAGAGUAUGAAAAACAAUUGAAAUUGUUAAUUGUAUAAAAUAAAUAAUAAAUAAAAAAAAUCAAAUUAUAAUUGUUAAAAAAGGGGGGAGAUAUUGACAUUGAGAUUGUUUAUAAAUAUUUGUGAAAAAUUACAGUGUGAUUAUUUAAACAUAAUGAUAUAUUUGUUCAAUCAUCUUAGGAUUUCACCUCGGAAUCUAACGAAAUAAGCUAAAUAUUUGUACAAACCUUUAUUUGGGAAGUAUAAAUGAUGUUUCAAUUCACAUAUAGUCACGUGUCAGCGUCAUUAGAUAUUCAAGGUCAAAGAUCGCAAGGUUUUUUGGAGAAUAUCUCGUUUCCUUUUAUACUUUCAAAAAACUAAUUUUUGCGACCUAUGCCCUUGAAUGUCUAAGGUCGCUGACACGUGACCGACCUUAGAUGACUUUUGAGACAAUAUUUAUACUAUCAAAAUAGAGGAUUGUACAAAUAUUGAGCAAUAUUAACUUCUUGAUUGCAUUAGUGAUUUUCCUAAUGUAUUUAAAAUCAACUUACUGCAAAAACCAAAAUCGAAUUAUCCGUUUAGGAGCUACGAUGCUAUCGACAGACAUACAGAUACACUGACACGUUAAAAUUAUAAUAAUACCCCUCUCUUAUGUCGGGGGUUAAAAAUUACAACUAUUUUGAUAGUUACCAUAGAUACCAACAGCUAAUCAUGUUUUGAUGAUUUUAGAAGUGUGUAAAUACUUUGGAUGAGUUUUUUUCAGGCGUUACCUACCAAGGGCGUUACCACCUCACUAACAACAUUAAUAAAUCUUGUUGAAUAAAUGCUUAAUUACACAAUCUAGACACAGGUAGCGUUGCCGAUCGUUUCUGUUUAAAAAUCUAUCAGGCGUUAUCUCACUUAAAUUUUUUGCAAAUGUUUACAAACUCGCUUGAAUAUUGGAUGAAAUUUAAGUAUGGGGGG